UGCUUUGAGUCUGAAGUUCUUCCUGACUUCUAGACUGUAAGUCUAGUGAAUCCUGCCCUCAGCCACUGCAGUCCAAGAUGUGUACCAAGAUGUGCUGAUCAGCGGUGCAGCCUUAACUCCUAUGGGCCACACUCCAGAGGAGCAGGAGAGUCUAAGUAUAGUGAAGGUGGAGGAAGAGGAGGAUCAUGCUUGGGAGCAGAAGCCUGCACAGCCAGAAGAUAUACACCCUUAUCAGAAACUUUCCUGCCAGCACUUUAGGCAGUUCGAUUACCAGGAGGCCCCUGGACCUCACGAGGCUCUGAAGCAGCUCUGGGAGCUCUGUCGACAAUGGCUGCAGCCUGAGAUGCACACCAAGGAGCACAUCCUGGAACUGCUGGUGCUGGAGCAGUUCUUGACCAUUCUGCCAGCGGAGUUCCAGGCCUGGAGGUGGGACUAUCAUUCAGAGAGUGGAGAGGAAGUAGUGACUGUGCUGGAGGAUCUGGAGACAGAACUUGGAGACAAACGACAACAGUUCUGAGCCCAUGCACAUCACAAACAGGAAGUGCUAUGGAAAGAAGGAGAACCUGUAAGCUUCCCAGAUCAGCCCCUGAAUGUCCAGCUAAAAUAUGGUGCCUGGGAGCACAGUCCUCUGCAAGAGAAUAGAGGUGAAACCAGGAAUGUAACUGAUGAGUUGACUCCAAAGCAGAUUUCUGCAAAAAGAAAUUCAUUGGCUGUUUUCCAGGAUCUGAUGUGUGGCAAAACUUCAAUAUGAGGUUAAAUUAGAACAGCAAAAUGUCAACUUCACAGGAGAAAAACAACAUGAAUGCAAGGAGUGUGGGAAGACCUUUGCUCAGAGCUCAGGGCUUGUUUGACAUUGGAGAAUUCACACUGGGGAGAAUUCUUGUAAGUGUAAUCAGUAUGGAAAAGCCUUCAUUUAUAGAUCAGCCCUUUUUUCACCCUAGGAAAUUCAUAAUAAGAUAAAAUGCUAUCAGUGUAAUGAAUGUGGGAAAGCCUUUGGUCAAACCACACGCCUAGUUCUUCAUCAAAGGAUCCACAAUGGGAAGAAACCCUGUGGAUGCACAGAGUGUGGUAAAUCCUUCAGUCAAAGUUCACACCUUACUGGACACCUGAGGAUCGACACUGGAGAGAAACACUUCAAAUGUAAUGAGUGUGAGAGGGCUUUCAGUCAGAGGUCAGGGCUCAUGGACCAUCAGAGAAGUCACACUGGAGAGAAACCCUAUACAUGUAAGGAAUGUGGGAAAGCCUUUCAAAGGAGUGUCAGCCUUACUCAGUACCUGAGGAUCCACACUGGGCAGAAGUCUGUGUAUGCAUCCUGAUUCCAAGAAGCCCCUUAAUCAGAAUUACUGAAGUAACCCAUUACUGGACACUUUAAAAAGCUGUGCUGAAUACGGACCCUAUCACUAUAAAAUAUAUGCAAGAACAUCGGAGAUGUAGUAUUUCCAUUUCCGUGUUUUCCCAACAUCAAACAAUACACCAGGUAGUCACAUUGGAAUAGCUUCUUAGCCAACUGAGUAAAACAUUCUUAAUGCCUUGCCAUUAGUUACACAGAACCAAAAGCUUGUGUUUAGAGCAAACUUCUCAGCUACCAUUUUGAGAGAGGCUUAUGCUCAGAAAGCUCCUGCUCUUUACACGGUUUAUUUUAUCCCUUUAUUAUUUUUCUUCUAAGUGUCCUUUAUACCACCGUUGU